CAAAUCAAUUUUGUGAGAUCGGAUUUGCACUUGCAGUUUCUGUUAUUUAAGUUUUAAAUAAACAGUGAUGGUUAAAUUUUCAAUCCUAAUUUGUUUUGUAUGUAUCUUCUAUCAAUACUCAAAUGCAACUUCUAUUAAUACCAAAGCUAAAUCAAAACGUUUUUUCAUGGACUGGAUGGCAACAGCUUCAAAGUUCUUUAUGUCUCCGAUGACUAUACCAAUGUCGAUGUUCUUCAAAUCCGAGUGUGUUAGGUGCAAAUGUAACACCGAAUGCAACGGAGAGAAAUUUGCAGAGACAAUAUUUGGAGUUAAACCUGAUGAUAGAUCAGUUUGCGGAGGAGAUUACUGGGAUUCCAUUCAUUGCAGCAACGGUCAAAGUAAAACAAAUGCAACGAUUCAGCCAACUGUUGCCAAUGUGGCUGUAGCUACAGCCCAGAUCCCAUUAGGUCCUGGAUGUGACAAAUUGUGUGCAAUUACUGCAGUCGCUAAAUCAAAGCCACAAACGAACCCAAAUGCCAGUGUAUGUCCAAAAGGUGUUUUAACUAGCAACGACGCUCUCCCAAUGAAUUGUUGCAAAUUGAAUGCAUCCAACACAUGGCAAAAGGGGGCAAAGGUUUUUCCAAACUGUCAGGCAAUUCCCCAUUAUACCCCAGUAGGGGCAUUCAUCAAUAACAUUUACAUACCUGGAUCGGCGGGUGUCUUUACUGGAUGCUUGACCAACGGGGAAUCCGGAUUUCAGAUGAUAUACCAGGACUGUGGUGUCAACCCUGGCCUUCUUCACGUGACCAAACAAAAUACAGCGAAUAAUGAUCCUGACUUAUUUUACAUUAUCUAAUAAUUGUAUGUAAUAGUAAUAAAAGUUUUCUUUAGUAAAAGAUAG